AAUACCCCUAAAUUGAACAUAACCACAUUGUUACAUUUCCCCGGUCAAGUGGGAAUUUGAUUCACUCCUCUUUCCUCUUUUAUCACACUUGCUCCUUUUAUCACAAAGUUUCACCAUCUCCAAAUUAUUUUAUAAUUUUGGUUUUUUUCGAAUUUUUGUUAUUUAAAAUGCAAGAAGGGGGUGAGUGGUCAGAUGACUCCGACUUUAUUCAGUCGAGAGCAUCCAAGGAAGUCAGUGGUCCUUCCAAGAUAAAGAAACGUCAAAGGAGAAAGAGGAAGAGAACCCCACGUCGGAAGAGGACCUUCACCCCUUCACCCACUCCCAUACCUGAGAUGGUGGAAAACGUCGACAACGAGGAGGUCCCUCCUCCUACUGUUUCCGACGAGGUAUUGGAGGAGGAAGUCGCUGCCUGUGAGACAGAGUCAACUGGGGUCGUCACCGUCGAGACAAACCCACUUCCGUUGGACUCUGGAGGGCAAGAAACUGUCCCUAAACGGCCACGACCGACGUUUGACGAGUUUGAAGAGACAGAAGACGGAAAUAAUAAAGAGAACACAGCCAAGGUCUGCUUGUCCUCUCCAGAGGCCAUCGUGAUGGUGAAAGGAGGACGAAAGAAAAAGGACCAGCCCGGAAGCAGUCGGGAAUUAGAGCACGAAGAGGACGAUACUACUUCUGCACAACCCUUGAAGGUGGAGACAGCUAAGCAUCCUCUGGCUCCAAUUGGCUAUCUAAACCCCCCUGACACGAAGGAUAAGAAGACGAGAGAAUCCGUCACGGCAAGAAGUGUAGCCAGAGAGGACGAAAAAUUUCAACCGGUCGAGUGGUCCUACGUUCCGGAAGUGGAGGGGAUGCAGGAGGUGAAGAGCCACUGGAGGGAUGGAAGGGGAAUUCAGCCUCGACCUGUAGGUGAUUUGGAGCAAGAGUUCCAAAUUAAGUACAGUGGGUCAACUGACAAUAAAGCUGGUAAACAAUAAAUAGGUAGAGCAUCCGAUUU